ACAGUAGAACCAGGCAUCUAUUUCUCCCCACACCAACUCGCACCUAUCCGCAGCUCGCCAUACAUCGACCACCCCCUCCUCUCCACGUACGAAAGUGUAGGAGGGAUAAGACUCGAAGAUGUGGUGUUGAUUACUGAGGAGGGGUGUGAGAACUUGACUGGGUGUGUGAAGGGGUUGGAGGAGGUGGAGAGGUUGGCUUCGGGCGCUUGGGGUGCUGGGGCUGAUUAA